GAUAUAUUUAUGAAAUUUGUGUAUUGUUUUUUUUCUCUGCUCCUUUGUCCUAGUCUUUGUAAUAUACGUGUUUUCGGUCUUGACGAGUUUUGAGGAUAUACUUGAGAUUUUGUUGCUUAAUAAUUUCAUCGAGGCUACUAAGACAUGAACAGGCUCCUGAGAAAUGCUGCAAACGCAAUGCUGCAGAGUUACGCAAAACUCUCGAAAACACUUCUCCUCAAUUCCCAUUCAUUCCCUAAAACCCUAACCACCGCGGCCUCACCCCGAGACGAGUACUUUGCAGUGAUUCACCACGUCUCCAACAUCGUGCGCCGCGACUUCUACCUGGAACGCACCCUCAACAAGCUCCGCAUUCACGUCACCCCGGAGCUAGUCUUCCGUGUUCUCCGCGCGUGCUCCACCGCCUCCACGCCCUCCCUCCGCUUCUUCAACUGGGCUCUAUCCCACCCCUCCUACACCCCCACCUCUCUCGAGUUCGAACAAAUCGUCACCACCCUCGCCCACGCCAACAAUUACCAAACCAUGUGGUCCCUCAUCCGUCAAGUCACCCUCCACCACCGUCUCUCCCUCUCCCCUGCCGCCGUCGCCACCCUCAUCGACGCCUACGGCCACCACCGCCACAUUGACCAGGCCGUUGAAGUCUUCAACAAGGCCGCCGUCCUCAACUGCCCCCAAACCCUCCCGCUCUACAACGCCCUUCUCAAAUCCCUCUGCCACAACCGCCUCUUCCACGGCGCCUACGCCCUCCUCCGCCGCAUGCUCCGCAAGGGCGUCCACCCCGACAAGACCACCUACUCUAUCCUUGUCAACGCCUGGUGCUCCUCCGGCAAACUCCGCGAGGCCAAGCUCUUCCUCAGGGAAAUGAGUGACAAAGGCUUCAACCCUCCCCUUCGUGGCCGCGACCUUCUCGUCGAAGGCCUGCUCAACGCCGGUUACGUUGAAUCCGCCAAGGGAAUGGUCAGGAAGAUGAUCAAGGAAGGGAUCGUUCCCGACGUUGGAACUUUCAAUGCCGUGGUGGAGACAGUGUGCAAGGAAGACGUUCAAUUUUGCGUUGAUCUUUAUCACGAGGUUUGUGCUUUAGGGAUGGUUCCUGAUGUCAACACUUACAAGAUUCUCAUUCCCGCUGUUUCAAAAAGUGGCUCCAUUGAUGAGGCAUUUAGGUUACUCAACAAUUUCGUUGAAGAUGGUAACCGCCCAUUUCCUAGCUUGUAUGCGCCUGUUAUUAAGGCUCUGUGUAGGAGAGGGCAGUUUGAUGAUGCUUUUUGUUUCUUUGGGGAUAUGAAGGCCAAGGCACAUCCCCCUAACCGCCCUCUCUAUACCAUGUUGAUUACCAUGUGCGGCCGUGCCGGGAAGUUUGUGGAGGCCGCUAACUACCUCUUUGAAAUGACUGAGAUGGGGUUGGUCCCCAUCUCGCGCUGUUUUGACAUGGUUACUGAUGGGUUGAAGAAUUCUGGCAAACAUGAUUUGGCUAGUAGAGUGCAACAGCUCGAAGUUUCUAUCCGUGGUGUUUGAUGCAUCAUGUAUUUGUCUCUACCAUUAUUGCUCAUUCCCUGCCUCUCUCAAGCUCAAAAGUUCUCUAUACAUUGGAAUAUAGGUUUCUUCCCAUGAAAGAGGAACAAGAAAUGGACCAAAAGCUCUGAAACCUAUCCCCGUGGUUGUCCUAUGCAAGGGUUGUGGUUAGGCUUCCACGCUUUUUCUGUUGUGGCGGGAAACCUAAUCAAGGUAAUACUGGUGAACAGAAAGGUAGUCCAAGCUAAUCAAGCUGUUUGCGUAACACCAGAUGUUGGUUGACGUUCAGAGCCACCCAUAAGUAGGUCCUUUUGGUAGUCACGCUUUAUUUUAUUCUUGUUUCCCAUGCAAUGCCAUUAUUGGAUCCGAGAUUUUUUGCUUUAAAAGAUAAAUGGAGUAUGCAGUUCUUUGAUUUUAGUAUGCAGUUCUUUGAUGAUAUUUUUUUUUUUGUAUCCCGUAAAAUUCCUAUACACUUGCAUUUGUACCGGAAUGAGCUUUCAAGAAUUUUACAGGGGUGGUGAAAGAAAACCUUCUUGGAUACUAAAAGCCUGGUGUUUUAUCAAUUGUUUUAUUUCAUAUGCAAUCUUUAAAAAUGAAUUGGAAAUUGACAAAUCAAUAGUUUUAUAUUUAUCAAUAGUUUUAUUCUGUUUGGUAUAAUAAUGGUUGAUUUGCCUCUGCAUGUACGUAAAACUUGUUAUGAUUUUGAGGAUUUUAGUUUAAAAGUAGUAUGUUUAUGAUAGUAGAGUUGUAUGAUUUUAGUUUAAAAGUAGUGUUUUCCUAUGUUUUGUUGUUCAGUGUUGUUUUAUUUGGUUAAUUCUGCAAACUUUUUAUACCAGAUUGUAGACAUAAGUUUCUUUCAACAUUUUGUUGAUCAUGUUUAUAUACUUUUAAUUCUCGAAUUAGUCAAAUCUUAGUCUACAAGGACCACCUCUAUGCUUCUUAAUAUGACUUGUAUGAAAUAUGAUAUGACUAUUCUAGUUGAAGAUGAUUCAUGAUUUUGAUUAGGAAUAAUAGUUGACAUUUUAUUGGAUUGUAAAUGGUUGCGAUUAAACAUAAGGAAAUCUACUCGGUGAUGCCUUUUAUCUUAUGGUCUAAUAAUUUAUUAUCUUAUUUCAGACUACUAUGGCUGACAAUAUCUCACCUUCUGCCUUUGAAAAAGAACAAGUAGAUAUUCCUUUUUAUUCCGCCAAUUUUGAAAAAACUAACCUGGUGAUUGAUGUUAUUAUCUGAUAAUUUGAAAAUAAGUUCAACUUCAACUUUAGGUCAUUUUGGUGUUAUUUGAUUAUGUAGUAAUUAUUAUUUUUCGAUGAGUUUCAAUCAUUCAUGUGAUAAUGGAACAGGUAUUUGGAAUGGUUGAAAAGAAGAUGGAAUAUAGGGUCGAAUUAUUCAACAAGUAGGUUUCCCUGUUCUUGCUUGCCUUGAUAGUUUUACUGUUGUUAGCAAGUAUAAUGUAGGGUAUAGGUACUUUUUGUUUGAGAAGAUUCGUUGGUGGCAUAAUUCAUUUGGCUAAUUUUGUUAAUUUUUAUAUAUAGGAUGACCUAGACCUGUUUCAAAAAAUGUGUUGACAAUAAGUGGGGAAACUCUUCUCUAAUUUUAUUAACUGCUUGAAUAAUUCUCAUGUUUGAUGCUAUUCAUAUGCCAUCCAGUCCAAUCCACCCAAGUUGUAAAUUAGUUUCUUAUUUUGAUGAUGGCUCACUUAGUGUUAGUUCUUAUAAAUUGAAGUUAGAGGAAGUGUAAAGUAUAACCCUAUAGAAAGAUUGUUGGUGUUUUUUAAUCAAUGAUAUUUGGCCCAAUGCCACAACCCUUAUUCUCCUUCCUCUGUUUCUGAUUUGUAUUGUAAGGUGUGAAUUGGAGGAUGGUUUUCUUUGGGUUGAUGGUUGUGGAUUGGUUCUGUGUGUGCAAGGAAAAGUGAAAGUGAUGAUGGUGUUAGGAGUUGUGAAGAUGUCUAAGAAGAAGAAAAUGGGUUGAGACAUGGCAAAAAAGGAUGGAUCGGCCUCACGCAUAUAGCCCGACAACCCGACACUUAGAAGAUCAACCUCAUAGCAGUCAUAGAAGUUUAACAUAUUUGCAUACAACACGACAAGCAUCAUAGGAACUUGAUUGGUAGUAUGAUAGCUUGGUAGUUAGCGAGGAAGCUCAACUAGCAUUAUAACUAGUCUAACAGGAAGCAAGAAAGCUCGAUAGGCAGCAUGAGAACUCGGUUGGUAGUAUAACUAACUCGACAGGCAGAAUGAAAGCUUGGCAGGUAACAUGGGAACUCUGCAGACAUUAUUUGUAUAUUUAAAAAUAAAGAAACUAAAGUUUGGUCAAUCAAUGGACCCAUGUUGUAAGCCCGGGUGAUUGUCAUCAUAAUGUUUGGAUUUUUAACAUUGUUAAACCUAUUUACGAAUAUUGUAUAUUUAAAUUAUUUGUUUCCAUGAUUGAUUCUUAUAUAUUAUAUAAUUCUUUGCAA